CCUCCUUACUAAGAACGGCUCCUUGUCACUUUGGGGAAGCGCUUUGGUGCCAAACUUCUGCGGCUCGAAGUACUUCGUACCUCUGGUCCUUAAUGGAAGUACCUAUACUUGCGAUGGCCUCAGAAGCGCCACCGUGAUCGGUGGCUGAGACGUCCGGCAUGGAUGCUGAUAGCCACAGUCUGAGGAGAUGCAACGUCGGGUUCUAUGCCCAAUACCUGUAUAAUUGUAUGGGCAGCACUGAGCGCUUCCCUUACGAUCUGUUGUUGCGGCGAUUGCGUGGGUCUUUUGCAGGGGUUUGUUUGCUCCGGUUCGCUAGUCUCAAUUUUUUGGCAGACUGGAAGUUUGCUUCCUUUUGCAAGGCCGCGACGACAUCUCGACUUCUCCUACGUCACUUUUGCCGGCUCAGCUCGACUCUCAGCGCCGUGUUUCAGCUUCAGCUCCUCUCUUUUGUUGUUCAUCUCUUUGAUCAAGUGAAUUGUUCUUGGGUCACGGGCAAGUUACAUCCCAAUCAUGCUGUAGUACGGCUACCAUCAGCAACCAACAAGCCUAACGUUGUCCGUCCCCACGCCGCACAAAUGAGUUUGCGCAACAACGGCUUUCCACUAGCUGCAUGGCGGAUGCACUGUUUCUGUUCCGACAUUAGAGGCGUUCGGCAGCUUCAACCAGCAUGGGUCUGAAAAUCUUCACACCUGCAAAGCAUGCUGCAGCACUAGGCGCUGUCUCAAUGUUUUGGAGCCUUGCCGACAGAGCGCCAGCGUCAAUAAGGCAUAUUGACAUGUCAGCUCUCCCUUGCUUGUUUGCUUUCUUCUCGACGACACUCCCCUGUUCUACCGGGCCACAAAUGACGCCUUCUUAUUGGGUUAUGUGACCACGAUUGGUACAGAAUCCUUCUGCACCGCAAAUCCGCGCAGCCACCGUCAGACCGAGAUCUCUCUGCCGCUGCAGCCCAUCGGAAGAUUAAUACAGCGAUGAUCU